UAUAAAUAUGGUCUCGAUGGUCACGGUCGAGCCGACCAGUGGUUGGAUCGAAUCGUCGUCUCAGCUGCUGCUCCAGUGACAGCGGAAGCGACGAAGUGAUUGAGCCGGCGGGAUGGGCGAGGCGGCCGGCGUGCGCGUGCUCGUGGUGAACCGCGUGGCGCCGUCGUCGCCGGCGCCGGGGGCGGAUCGCGUCGAGCUGUCCUUCUUCGACACGCCGUGGGUGGUGCUGCCGCCGAUCCAGCGCGUGUUCCUGUACGAGAUGGCGGCGGACGGAGGAGGAGGAGGUGGGUUCGCCGCGGCGGUGGAGCGGGUCAAGGGCGCGCUCGCCGCCACGCUCGCGCUGUACAGGCCGCUGGCCGGGAGGCUGGCGUACGUGGCGGAGACGGGGGACGUCGUGGUGGACUGCUGCGCCGCCGUUGGCGGCGACGACGACGACGCCGGGGUGGCGUUCGUGGAGGCGGAGGCGGACGCGAUGGACGUGCGCCGCCUCGCCGGCGACGAGGCGCACGACGUCGCGGCGUUCGUCGCGCUCGUGCCGGAGCUCGACACCCGGGUGCUCCCGGCGCCCGUGCUGUCCGUGCAGGCCACGCGCCUCGGCGGCGGCGGCGGCGGUGGCCUGGCGCUCGGCGUGUCAGUGCACCACGCCGUCGCCGACGGCCGCGCCGUGUGGCAGUUCAUGGAGGCGUGGUCGUCCGCCGCGCGCAUGGGCUCGCCGGUGACCAAGCCGCACUACAGCCGCGAGGAUGCCAUCCCCAACCAAGACGGCGGCGAGCUCGCUCGUCGGAUGCUCAACAUGGUCGCGCCCAAGCUUCCCGAGGCGAGCGGGGAGUACGACUACAGCCAGCGGUUCCGGCUGGCGCGCCGGACGUUCUGCCUCGGCGCCGACGGCAUCCGGGCGCUGAAGCGGCGCAUCGACGAGAUGGCGUCAGCGGAGGCGGCGGCGGCGGCGGAGCACAAGCCGGUGUCGACGUUCGUGGCGCUGGCGGCGAUGGGUUGGGUGGCGUUCGUCCGGUCCAAGGGGCUUGCCGCCGGCGAGGACACGUACCUGAUCUUCCUCGCCGACCUCCGCGCGCGCCUCGACCCGCGCGUCGGCGACGGGUACCUCGGGAACUGCGUCAGGAUGUGCCUGGCGAGCUGCCCCGACGCGGCGGAGCUGCGCGGCGAGCGCGGCCUGCUGCGCGCGGCGCGGGCGGCGCAGGCGGCGGUGGCGGAGAUGGAGGCGGCGCCGCUGGCCGGGGUGGACGGGUCGGCGAUCGCGCGCGUGAAGCAGCUGCCGUUCUCGCGGCUGGCGAACGUGGCGGCGAGCCCGCGGUUCCGGGCGUACGACGCCGCCGACUUCGGGUUCGGGAAGCCGGCUCGCGUCGAGCUGGUGUCCAUGAACCACGACGGCGAGAUGGUGCUCGUCGGCGGGCGGCGCGACGGCGAGGUGCAGCUCUCCGUGUCCAUCGACCCGACGCACGUGGACGCCUUCAAGGCCGAGGUCCUUGGCUGGCUAUACUAGUCACUCAUGGCUACUGGCUCUCUUUCAGAACACGUCGUAAAACUUUUUAGCAUUGUAAUAUAUAUAUAGAUAAUUAUUAUUAAUAAUUAAUUUAUCUAUAUAUAUAUAAA